CAGCAUCAUCAUCAACAGCAACAGCAGCAGCAGCAGCAGCAGCACCUUAAUACGCAGCAACAGCCACAGCAUCAUCAACAGCAUCCUUUCGUCGACCGCAGAUCGUCGAAUCAUAAGCUUCCCCACUAUCAGCAACAGCAACAACAACAUUCCGGACAAGCCCGGCAAUACCGGCAAGACCAACACGAUGGAUAUUCGAUCCCGCCUCCUUUGCCUUUGAUCAUGAACCCUUCAUCGAGCACGACGUCGCUUAACAACGCUGGGACCGGGUCGAACGUGGGUAUGACUGCAAAUACAGGUUCGGGUACGGGAGCGGGUAUCGCUGCAGGGUCAGGAUCGGUACAGCCGGGUCCAACCGCACCGACCACCACAGCGACAGCGACAUCGUCGACGAUGGGAUUAGGAGCGGAGAUGGACUUGGAGAUGGAACUAGAGACGCCCGGGACGACAGACUACCUAGACACCCUCUUCCGACAUCCACAAGCUCACGCUCACUCCCAUCCUACGACUCAAAGCAAGAGUCAUUUGGGUAAUCCGGGUGAUCGGACGAUCUCACCUAGAGACCUCGACCUCGAUGUGGACCUCGGGGUCGGUUUGGCUGCACAACACAAUCACAAUGCGGCUCUCAGGUUACCCAAUCGCCAGGCGGGACCGGGACCGAUGUUGGGCACCGCUGCGGCUAGUCCUCGUCCACACGUUGCCAACAACGACACUGCUAAUAACAUGAAUCCGGUCCCCGACUCGAACGGUAAUAUGAAUGUCGGCGGGGGGGUCGGGUACGGAAAUCUCUUCGGGCUGGGCAGGGGGAACGAGGGCGGAGGAGGUAAUGCUGAUGCUGGAGGAGCAGGUGGAGGUGGCAUGGGCAUGGGCAUGGACAUGGCGAUUGAUCUCGAUCUGAACGGGCGGGAUGUGGGGGUCGGCGUGGGGUCGCACUCGCAGUCACAACUUUCCGGACAAGUACACGGGCCACACGAUCACGGUCAACACGGCCAGAUCGGAUUCGCCCUCCCUGCUGGACUAUCGAUCGACCCUACACAUACCCAUCGAGAAGGGGUGGACGUGGGGACCACUUGGGAUGAACAGGCUUUGAGGCGGGAACAUCCGGAUCUCUUCGAGACGUACGGGCAGGCGCAGUUGCAGAUAGACCAGCAGUCACAGCAACAGCCACAGUCCGCUCAUGCAUCGGCCGGGACACGGAGCGGUAUCGCCGGUGCAGGGGGGCCGAUAGACGACACAUCAUCGAUGAUGCCGCCCCGAAAACGUCGUUUCAGGGCUGGCACGGCGUCCGACGGGGGCUUGGGCGGGAACGACUCGAGUCCGAGCAAGACGGCAGUCAUAAGAGCAAACAUUCAGGAGCCGACCGUCUCGGACCCUCGAUCGUUCGUCAUCAACACGGGCAUGCACAACGAGUCGGACGCGCUGCAGAUCCUGGCCAUGGCCGCGACGUCGACCAAGAAGAAACAGGAUCGACCGGGGAAGCGAUCGAGGUCGCAUUCCGAAUCAACGAGCAUGGCGGAUUCGUCCGUCGUCGCAUAUCGUCGUGGAGGUGGCGUAGGAGGGGACGGUCGUCAAGUUGAUGGGACCCUCAUGAGCGAGGGCGACACCAGGGCGAGGUCGAGCGAGCGGGGCUCCAGACGUCGAGGGGGAGACGGCCAAGAAGACGAAGACGACCUGGAUGACCGCGCUCAAGAUGGCGAAGAAGGCUUGUCGACCCGAGGUGGAUCGCCUCAUCCGCUCUCCCCCUCGGCCGAGACUUGGCAAGACGGUACCACGGCCCGAGGAACCGGACCCUCGUGGAAUCACGGUCGACGAGUCAAUGGCAAAGUCUCGUUCAACACCUCGGCGGGAAAAGCUCAGGCCAAAGUUUCCACCGCGAGACCUACCCUGCUCUCGUUCCCCCUGGUCGCCAAGGGCAUCAUGGAUCCGGAACAGGUCUGCCAUUUCGGUAACGUGUUCUUCAACAAGCAUCAUUACGUGUUUCCCUUGAUCUCCCACAAACAUAUCCCGAGGACGGAGCAGGACUAUGCCAUCUUCGCCAGCGCGGAGCCGUACCUGAUGACGGCCUUUAUCAUCAUCGCCAGUAGACUCGACUCCAAGCCGUCGGCCAAGCGGAUCCAUGCGCAGACGUGGGCCCUGAUGAAGGGUUACAUCGGUGACGUCGAAUUGACGGGUGCAGCGCCUACCAUCGGCCUGGUCGAAGGUAUCCUUCUAUUGGCGGAGAAUCUACCGAGAGAUACGCCUGUAGGUAUGGACGAUGCUUCGGAAGGUUCGCAGAUGCAGGUUCCGACGCACCGCUCGAGGGAAAAAGGACAACUCCUCAAUGGAGUCGAGAAUCGCCAGGCGUGGAUGUUGAUCGGUGGCGCCAUUCGAAUGGCUUAUGGUCUCGGGAUCGAUCAGCUCGCACAUUCGGUCGAGAACGCUUCCGAGGAGCACGUACAGAGAGCUACCAUCGCUUGGACAUACUGCUACAUAUUCGAUCGGCAGAUCAGUAUCCGCACGGGACGUGCUUUCUGGUCGCGGGGUCCAGCUCUCUGCUUUCGAGGCUAUUCAUCGCAAGAUCAGACCGGACCAGCAGGUGGCCGGGAAAACUUUCCUUCGCUUUGCGAUUCACCCUACUCUGAACAGCAGGUCAACGAAGGCAAGGCUACGGCGCUCAGGGCCGAAAGUGCCGAAUUAUUGCAAGCUUGUGACAUGACAAAUGUGCACGACGUAUUUUAUCCUAGCGAGACCCGGUUACACUCGCUUGUAAUAGGCGGAGAGUAUUUCUUCAACAGUUCACUAGAGAAUUUCAAAAUGACUUGGUUGAAAAAGACAUGGCUCGACGUCGCUCACGGUCAUCUCAUCUGGGUCAUGUUCCACUAUUGCCGGCUGUACGCGUCGUCCUUUGCCUUCCAAGCGCACGUCACCCGGACAACGGACAGGGCCAAUGCCGCUCAGAGCAAUCGCAAGAACAAAGACGUCAAGGAGACUCAGUCCAACUAUUUCCCGCGGACUGCGGCGUUUACUCCUGACGCAUUGUACAUCUAUGAAUCCAUCAACGCUGCGCGAGAAUUGAUGCGAAUUUGUAUCGAAGACGUGUUCCCGCAAGGGUUCCUUCCUUACCUGCCCUCUCGCUACUUACUGUGGUUCCAGUACGGCGCUGUAUUCUUACUCAAGGCGGUAUAUUCGGGCGCAAUGGUACAGAACGAUCGAGGGCUCGCGCUCGACCUGGUGGAACAGCUUUGCCAAUGCCUGUGUACCUGCUCGGAUGAUAGUAGUCACCCUGCGGUCCGGUAUGGUCGCAUGUUGCGGGUCCUAGCCUCAAGAUUGGCCGUACCCUCUCCAAGCGCCUGUCCCAGCAGGGCGACCUCUCCACAACCACAAGAAGGCAGCGGGAACUCGGGCUUGAGCGCCGGUCAUCUCGCUGUCCCUUCACAGUCACGCAGCCACUCCGUCCCGGCCAACAACCAUAACAAUCCAGCUAUCGUCAACGAUUCCACGAUGCAACCAUAUACCGAUGCGAAUGGCUUCAACUUCAACUACGGACUCAACACGAACAACGCCUCGAACAGGAGCAUGACAAACCCUUGGAACCCUACCGAAUUCAACGACGAGGACUGCGCCAAUCUCUUACAAUGGCUGUUGGAUGAACCGGCCGCGCAGACCGCGAUUCCGAACCUGCUGGGCGACCCUUUUGAUCUGGAUAUACAGCUCUAAAAGAAACCCGUUGUUCUCGCUGGGAGACGACUUGUAACAUCGGAUCUCGAAACAAAUCAGGGAUUGCUUGUCUCAACAAGAAAGAUGGGUCGUCGCAGGUGACUGCCCAUAGAACGAGGAAUGACAACCUGUGGCAGUUGUGAAACGCCGAAUAUACAUCCUGAUACUUACAUGCAGUGGCUCGGGUGAAUCAAAAGCAAGAGAUACCAAUGGUAAUAUGCGUUUUGCUUCACCUCUUCACAAGAGGUCUGACUUGUUGAAAUUGAAUACGGUCCAGGGAAAGCCAUCAUGAAAUAUGAAGAAAGGGCAAGUGUAUAAAUAUGAUCGAAGGCUAGCUACAUCUUGCAAGCACGGGUAUAGCUCUAUAUUGCACAUGUAUUUCCGCAGACUUUUGUCUAGAUUACCAUUCAUCGGG